AUGGCGGACGCCGGCGAAGACACCACGCACGUCCAGGAGCCUCUUGACCUCGUCAAGCUCCUGCUCGACGAAAUGGUAUUCGUCAAGCUGAGAGGUGACCGUGAGCUUAAGGGCAGACUUCAUGCAUACGACAGUCAUUGCAACCUUGUUCUGGGUGAGGUCGAGGAGACCAUCUAUGUGGUAGAUGAGGAUGAAGAAGAUGAGGAAGUGAAGGUGAGAAGGCUCGAUGAGUUUGAUGUCUCUUCAAAUGCUGACAGUAUGCCGCAGACCAUCAGCAGAAAAUCGGAAAUGCUCUUUGUUCGUGGUAAGUUCCAGCACAUCUGA